CAAUUUUGCAAUAUAUGCUUUGAAACAGACAGUAUCCGCCUUCGGUUUUGUAUCACCGGAGGUCUCAGUGGCUGCGUGUGUGCUAGAUAUAUCUUAAAUAAAAGAUACUAAACAUGACUUCCCGCUUCCAAGUGGUCGAACAGGGGCCACCAAUCGAGGUUUUUCAGAAGAAUAAAUUGUUUAUUGAUGACUCGUUUCAAAACAAGGUGAACCUGACCAUAGGCGCGUACAGGGAUGAAAAUGGAAAACCAUGGGUACUCCCCGUUGUACGCAAGGUGGAAAAACAGAUGGCAGCUGAUGAGACCCUGUUGCAUGAAUACCUGCCUGUGCUUGGUUUGGACCAGUUCUCCAACGCCUCCGUGUCCAUGCUGCUGGGCGAAGACAACCCUGUGAUUGCAAGUGGACGCGCUUUCGGCGUGCAAGUGCUGUCGGGCACCGGCGGGCUGCGCGUGGGCGCUGAGUUCCUGCGCCGCCACCUCAACUACAACACCUUCUACUACUCGCAGCCCACUUGGGAGAACCACCACCUGGUGUUCGUGCGUUCCGGGUUCGAGAACCCUCGCACGUACCGGUACUGGAACGCGAAGACGCGCACCAUCGACUUCGACGGCAUGCUGGAGGACCUGCGCGCGGCGCCCGAGAACUCGGUGGUGCUGCUGCACGCCUGCGCGCACAACCCUACCGGCAUCGACCCCACGCACGACCAGUGGGAGAAGAUUGCCGACGUCUGCGAGGAGCGCAAGCUGUUCCCUUUCUUCGACAGCGCGUACCAGGGCUUCGCGUCGGGCGACCUGGACCGCGACGCGUGGGCCGUGCGCUACUUCGUGCAGCGCGGGUUCGAGCUCGUCUGCGCGCAGUCCUACGCCAAGAACUUCGGCCUCUACAACGAGCGCGUGGGCAACCUGGCGGUGGUGGUGGCGGACCCGGCGCUGGUGCCCGCCAUGAAGUCGCAGCUCACGUGGGUGGUGCGCGCCGGGUACUCCAACCCGCCCGCCCACGGCGCGCGCAUCGUCGCCACCGUGCUCAGCGACAAGCAGCUCUUCGAUCAAUGGAGGGAACACAUCAAGAUGAUGUCGUCGAGAGUUAUUCAGAUGAGAGAAGCCCUGCGAGCCGAGCUCAUCAAGCUGGGCACGCCGGGCACCUGGGACCACAUCGUGAAGCAGAUCGGGCUGUUCUCGUACACGGGGCUGACGCCGCGGCAGGUGCAGCACCUCAUCGAGCAGUACCACAUCUACCUGCUCAACUCGGGCCGCAUCAACAUCUGCGGCCUCAACCCCUGCAACGUGCGCUACGUGGCCGAGGCCAUCCACGACGCCGUGCUCAAGUUCCCCGGCGACGAGUAAAUAUACACCUGCUUGUUACCGGUGGUGGCGGGACAGGGGCGGGACGAACAAACUACACAACAAUGAUGAUGAUGAUGUACGAGACCGACGGGCCUUAGCACUUUACCUACAAACCAAUGCGUACAUUUUUAUGUCGUCAAUUUAAAACCAGCUGUUUACGCCGUUCUUAACCCAUUUCAUGUUCUGCUGUAAGGUUGACGAAAUAUAAAGGGAGCCGAUCUCUCGAACAAAUUGAACAAGAUCGGCUAUAUAUUUCGUCAACUUUAUCUAAGCAUACAGCAUACUUUAAUUAAACACCGUGGAGUCAUUGUCCGCCGUGUGUCGCAGGUGUAGGCAGCUGUUUACUACGCGGUCUCUCUACUCAAACUAUGCUAAACUUCAGCUCUUUCGAUUACAAAGAAAAACACUUCAUAAGGGCUCAUUUAGACGAAGCGAGAACUCGCAGGCGAGCAACAGUCCGCAAUGUAACUAAAAUCGCAUGCGAGUUCGCGCGCCGUCUAAAUCAGCUCUAAGUACCGACCUGUGAUUUAAAAUUAUGAAAAAAGGAGAGUGUUACUUGUAUAAACUGUAAAUUUCGUUGACAUGUUUACGGGACUCCUGUGUAGAGCCUAGAACCUCUAUAUGAAUUACUCAAUUGUGCAAUAUUUUACCCCUUUUAUUUGCCUAACAAUAAUAAACAGCGCAUAAUAUUAUAUUGAAACUGUAAAAAAAAACAAUAUAAUGAAAUUAAGUGGGCUGGAACCGAUGUUAAGUUUUACAAUAUACAUUCAGAAGUGUUGUCUAAGUCAAAACCAUAUAUACAUGGUAGACAGCAAAAGAAUUAAAGCGUUAUACAAUGAAAUUGUAAUUAUUUAUUGAUAUUUUUUGACGUGGCGAUAAGAGUUACAGGAUUAUUCAAGCAAUAUUAGCAUAAGUUUGUGAGGGGGCAGGUAGAGGAGCCUCACAGGGAUGAUGGGAAUGAAAAGGCAGGAUCCAGAGCGAUGAGGGGUAUUUAUUAUUUAAAUAAAAAGGCACCUGUAACAAUACAGGUUACGUGUUAACAGAUAGGUAUGUAUAAAAAUACUUUCGUAAUUCAGAAGGUUAGAAAUCAAAUAACUUACAAUAUGUGCCUUGGUGAUGAUGUAGAUAUAUAUCUGGAAGGUGUGCAGGGCCACAAAACGAGCACUAUACUGAACUGCACGCACUUAUGAAUUAUUACGUUUACUAAUAAAAAUCACACUUAAACGGUCGUGUUUAGAAACUUGGGAAGUACAGUCCGUUAGAUAAAAUGAUGUUUAUCGAUCAAAGUAUGUGAUCGAACUGAAAAUAAAAAUCAUUGAAUGGAAUUUGGAAUAGGAUUUGAAUUUCAAAAAGGAAUUUAGAAUUUGUAUGGUGCCAGAAAUAGUAUGAAGGUCGAUAGUGUAACGCUUCGUUACACGCACCGUUACAAAGUUGUUGUCAAAAAUGAACUAUCGUCUAGUUGACACUUCCAUGUUAAAAUACUUUUUUUUUUAAAUUGUAAUCGCAGGUGAUUGUAAGGAGCAGGCGAUUAUGUUAUGUUCCGUAGGCGUGAUCCGCCAUCAUCAGCUCAUUGCACGCAGUAGGUACAUUACAGUACCUAACACGCGAAUUCUGAUUAGAUUACGAUCGAACUCUAGUGGUUUGUAAUAGCAGCUAACGGCUACAUAGCUAACUAAGACAAACAAUACCGCAUUACUCAUUCAGCUUACCAGUAUUAAACGCUUUUAUUGUAGUUAUGUGCUAGCGAAGUACAUACCGACGUUCUCAGUGUUGCCAGUGAAACAAAGUAAAACGAACUAAACUGCACAUGUUUAAUUAAACACGAAGAGGAAUAUAUAAUUUGUAGUAAUACAUUAAGAGAUUAUUCGAGCACAUUACGUUUUGUUAUCUUCAGCUUAGCAAAAGGUAAUAUUUGGCCGUCAUGUUUCGUGCACUCAAUGUACGUUGUCUGCUUGACCAGCCGCGACGCAGGCGCUGCGCCAAGGAUGCUUGUUGUGGUUAUGGUUUAUCUUGUACAGUUACAAAAUAAGUUAAGUUACUUAGUUGGCGAGGUGUUCAAAAUGAACUGACCAAAGCUGUAUUGUUAAAAGAAUAGGAGUGUGUGUAUGUCUUUGUAAACACCUUGCCCGCUUAUCUUUUGCAGCUGACUGUAACUGAUUAUGACGAUUACAGCAAUUUUCCUUUCUUACCAUUAGUUAAAAUAUUGAAAUUAUAUCUAUGUGAUUACUUAUGUGCUAUACAAUUAUAGUUGUCAUUAUUGAUGUUAAUAUAUCGAUUUGUAUAAACAAUAUAUUGUCAUAAUUGUUUUGUUAAUAAAAUAAGUACUCAAUCAAA